CUUAACUACGGAGUAGGAGUACUGAGGAGAAGUCAACAAAGAGAACAACCCAACUUUACGACUGAAAGGUGACAGAGGAUGUCCAGGGCUGACUGGUCCUUCCUGGAGCACCUGUUGGAGGAAGGGCAGGAGUAUAGCACCGGGGUGGGCCGUGUCUGGGUCACUGUCCUCUUCCUGUUCCGCAUGCUGGUCCUGGGCACCGCCGCAGAGUCAGCCUGGGACGACGAACAGGACAACUUCGUCUGUAAUACCAGGCAACCUGGAUGUACCGCCGUGUGUUACGACAAAGCCUUCCCCAUAUCACAUUUCCGGUAUUUUGUCCUCCAGGUGAUUUUUGUUUCCACUCCGACAAUUUUUUAUUUUGGGUAUGUGGCAAUGAGGGCUGCGAAGGAGGAGGACAAGCAGGAGGAUGAGGAAGAGAGGACGGAGGAGGGUGGUGGUGAGGGAGGAGAGAGGGGAGGGGUAAAGGAGGAUGGGGAGAAGAAGAGGGAGGUGAAAAAGGAGCUAGAAGUAGAGGAGGAGAAAGGAGGGAAAGAGACUCCUCAGCUGAAGGGCCGUCUCCUCACUGCCUACGCCGCCAGCAUCCUCCUCAAGAUCCUCCUGGAGGUCGGCUUCAUCGUCGGACUAUGGUACCUCUACGGCUUCGUGGUCCCGGCCCGGUUCGAGUGCGUGCGGGACCCCUGUCCUCACACGGUGGACUGCUUCGUCUCCAGACCCACGGAGAAGACCAUCUUCACCAUCUACACCCAGGCCAUCGCUGGAGUCUCUCUCCUUCUCAACCUGGUAGAGCUCCUCCACCUCUUCCAGCUAGCCAUCACCCACCACCUGGAGAAACGCUAUGCCCAGGAGCAGUACACCUUUCCUGGCAUAGCCGGGGUCCGAGUCCGGCCUGGGGCUUCAGGGCUGGAGAUGGAGAUGCAGCGAGCUCCGCCUUACCAGGAGAAGGGCCAUCUGUAUUUACCCAUGGGCGAGGCCAGCUACGCCAAGCCCAGUGAGAGUCAUGUGGACCCGGUGUCGGGAGCAGGGAUGGAGCCUGGUGGUGACCUGCUCCCCAGUUAUCUGAAAUAUAUGGGGGCUAUGAGGACUACACACUCUUCAGGGAGAGCAACACGACACACAACACACACACAGUAACAAACACAGUAAGGGUGCCCAGAAGGGACACAGCCACAAACACACUAAGCACUAUGUAUGAGGAAAACAGAGACGUUUGGUUCUGUGACUAGGAAUGAGCCGUGUGCCCACUGAAGACGAAUACAGGUGCUUUAUGGGUUAAAUUUUUUGGAGGACCAAGAGAACAUGGACAAGAAUAAGAACAAAGGAUUGUACUGUAUAACACAUGCCCUGAAGGACAAUGUAGAGGAGAUGGAUUAGAUGUUGCCGAUUCAAAUGGAAAUGUGCUAAAGUCCUCAGGAACAUGAUAUAAAACAAAGAUCAUUGAGAAUGGAACACUGGAGAAUGGGAAACGAGGAAGAAUGGAACAGGAAAUGGUAUAAUUCAGCCAUUUUGACUUUAGUAAACCUUCUAUUCCGAUGGGAAUGGGAUGUGACAAUGGAAAAACUUGGCUUGCCCUCCACAAGGGAAAACAGCCUACAGGCCCCGACAGUGCAGUGGGGUCUUGUGAGAAAGAGUGGGGGUAAAUACACUACCAGUCAAAAGAUUGGACACACCUACUCA